AUGUCGGUCACUUUGGUCCGGGCUCACGGACAUCAUAUUCUUAUGCAUCGUAGGCAUCAUCAAUCCCCCAACUUGAGACAACAUGGUUACAUCACUACGCUCUCGGCUCCAAAUCCGUAUUGUCACAGUAAUAUUGAGCUUGAAAUACUCUAUGCCCAGCUGCGUUUAGAAAUGCAAGAGUUGCUAGCAAAACGAAGUGAAGCCCAUAUAAAUCUCCAAGAGUCUAACGAUCAAGGCAAGUGCGAAUGCGAGAGCUUACUAUUGCCAACUCCAGUACCGGCACCCGCACAAUCGACACAGUCAUUAGAGGCAAAAACCAAGUUCAAUGAAUCAAAUUGGAAACUAAAGCUGACGGAAUCGAGUAGCGGAUCGACAGGUAGCGGCACAGCAUCAAGAUUAGAAUGUACUCCACUAAAUAAUACAUUAGUAUUAAAAAAACGUACUUUGUUCCACUUUUGUCGUGAUAUGGCCAAGAGCUCUUCGACAUCGACCGAGGCGCUCACGUCUUUGGAUGAUAAGGCCUACAACAUGUUGUUUGUCGAAGCACGCACCGAAACGCUACACCUGACACAUAUAAACGAAUUUUUUGUUUGCAAGCUAUGCAAUGGCUACUUUCGAGAUCCUUACACUUCAAAGGAAUGCCUGCAUACUUUCUGCUACGGCUGCAUUCGCGGGUAUUAUCUGUACAAUCCUAAAUCAAAUUCCUGUUCGGUUUGUAAAAUGAGUCUCGGUGCCAAGCCGUUAGCACAAUUUCUCCCUGAUCCAGCUAUGAAAGAGCUGGCAGAUAAGCUUCUGCCAGACUUUCAUGCAAAGGAGGAAGCGGAAGAACAAAUGUACUACAAAAAGUUUGGGAUCAAGCGCAAGCAGCCCGAUACUCCCACCGAAACGCAGUCUGGUUCUAUGACCAUUUGUCGCUCGCUUGGUCCAUCACCUGGCAAUAUGAUUAGUUUUGAGCUUUAUCCUCAGCGCGGUACCGACAUUCCACUGUUUCUAUCUCUGAGCAAGCUGGAAGCUCCUUAUAUGCACACGCAGUCGCUUCUCAAGAUAAUGUACCUUCGCAAGUACCUAGCGAAGAAGUUGAAGGUAGCCAAACCCGAGGAGAUCGAGAUUCUAUGCAAAGGCACUGUAGUUGGACCAGAAUAUUCGCUUGAAUUCAUCCGACGUACGCGCUGGAAAGAAGAAAAAACGAACAUGAUCUUGGAAUACCGCCGCCAUCUUUUUGCCUUGUGA